AUGGAGGACGGUCGUGGUAAGGCGGUGUGCGGUCAGGAGGCUCUGGAUCUGCUCAACUGCGUCACCCAAUCUCCUUUCGAUCAAGAAAAAUGCGUCCGCCUCUUGAAUUCCUUGCGAGAAUGCGUGCUCAACAAGAAAGUGAAGAAGUUUUCACUAGCUGACCAGGAACAGAAGGAUGCAAAGCCAAUUGACAAGAAAGCUUGA